AUGUACGGCACCGGAACUGGCCCCCAGACGGGCGUUUCUACCCCUCGAUCCAACGCUUCUCUCCGCCCUCUUACUCUCCGCCACGGCUCGCUCGAGACCUCAUUCCUCGUUCCGACUGCUCUCCACUUCCACGCCCAGCAAUUGAAGGACCGCUUCAAUGCUACCCUUCCUCCCGCCACAGAUGAGCUUGCUCAGGAUGACGAGCCCUCAUCCGUCGCAGAGCUGGUUGCGAGAUACAUGGGUUUCGUCGCCGACGAGGUCGAGAAGGGUGAGGACGACGAGUCUGGCUCUUAUGAGGAGGUCCUGAAGCUCGUCCUUAACGAGUUCGAGCGCGGUUUCCUCCAGGGCAACGAGGUCCACGCCCUCGUAGCUACCCUCCCCGGCAUCGACGCCAAGAAGUUGGUCGUCAUCCGCAGCUACUACCAGGCCAGACAAACGACUGGCCGCACGAUUAAGGCGUACGGCUCAGCGCUUUUCCGCGCCGCCGAUGACGGCUCUGCCGACAUCUACACCAUUUUCGGUGGCCAGGGCAACAUCGAGGAGUACUUCGACGAGCUGCGCGAGAUUUACAAGACAUACCAGCCCUUCGUUGGCGAGCUCAUUCACAACGCCGCUGAGCUUCUCCAGAACCUCUCCAAGCACGCCAAUGCCGAGAAGCUCUACCCCAAGGGCCUGGAUAUCUUGAGGUGGCUUGAGGACGAGGAUGCUACUCCCGACGUUGACUACCUCAUCUCAGCACCCGUCAGUUUCCCCUUGAUUGGUCUCGUACAGCUUGCGCACUACGAGGUUACCUGCAAGGUCCUCGGUGUUCACCCUGGUCUGCUGCGCGAGCAGAUCACCGGUACCACCGGUCACUCCCAGGGUAUCGUUCUCGCCGCGGCCACUGCUGCCGCCGAGUCCUGGGAGUCAUGGAAGGAGAUUGCGCCGUCUGCGCUCACCAUCCUGUUCUGGAUCGGUGCUCGUAGCCAGCAGGUCUUCCCCCGCACCUCCUUGACACCCACUAUGAUUCGGGAGUCUGUUGAGAACGGCGAAGGUACUCCCACUCCCAUGCUUAGCAUCAGAGACCUCUCGCUGGCUGAGGUCCAGAAGCACAUUGAUGCUACCAACCAGUACCUCCCCGCUGACCGUCACAUCUCCGUUUCCCUCAUCAACAGCCCUCGCAACCUCGUUGUGACCGGUCCUCCCAUCUCCCUGUACGGUCUGAACGCUCAGCUGCGCAAGGUCAAGGCCCCCGUCGGUCUGGACCAGAACCGUAUCCCCCACACGGACCGCAAGCUCCGCUUCGUCCACCGCUUCCUGCCAAUCACUGCUCCUUUCCACAGCAAGUACCUGGCUGAGGCUACGGAGCUGAUCGACGAGGACUUGAAGAACAUCAAGAUCGACGCCAAGUCUCUUGGUACUGCUGUCUUCGACACGAACACCGGCAAGGACAUCCGUGAGGAGGUUAGCGGCAACAUCAUUCCCACCCUCAUCCGUCUUAUCACCAGAGAUCCUGUCAACUGGGAGAAGGCCACCGUCUUCCCUAAGGCUACUCACGUCCUUGACUUCGGUCCUGGUGGCAUCUCCGGCCUCGGUGUUUUGACCAGCCGCAACAAGGAGGGCACUGGUGUCCACGUCAUCCUCGCUGGUACCGUCUCUGGCAGCAUCACCGAGGUUGGCUACAAGCCUGAGCUCUUCGACCGCGAUGAGGAGCACGCCGUCAAGUACGCCAUUGACUGGGUCAAGGAGUUCGGCCCUCGCCUGGUCACCACUUCCAACGGCGACACCUACGUUGAUACCAAGAUGUCUCGCCUCUUGGGUCUCCCUCCCAUCGUUGUUGCCGGUAUGACUCCCUGCACGGUUCCUUGGGACUUCGUUGCCGCCACCAUGAACGCCGGUUACCACAUUGAGUUGGCCGGUGGUGGUUACUUCGACCCCGGCAUGAUGACUGCCGCCCUUCGCAAGAUCGAGGGUGCCAUCCCUUCCGGACGUGGUAUUGGUGUCAACUUGAUCUACGUCAACCCCCGCGCUAUGCAGUGGCAGAUUCCCAUGCUCGGCAAGCUUCGUGCUGAGGGUGUUCCCAUCGAGGGUCUCACCAUCGGUGCUGGUGUCCCCUCCGUUGAGGUCGCCCAGGAGUACAUUGACACCCUCGGCCUGAAGCACAUCAGCUUCAAGCCUGGUUCCGUCGAUGCCAUCCAGUCCGUCAUCAAUAUUGCCAAGGCGAACCCCACCUUCCCCGUCCUUCUCCAGUGGACUGGUGGUCGCGGCGGUGGUCACCAUUCUUACGAGGAUUUCCACCAGCCUAUCUUGACGAUGUACAGCCGUAUUCGUCGCCAGGACAACAUCAUCCUCGUUGCCGGCAGUGGUUUCGGUGGUGCCGAGGACACUUACCCUUACCUUACCGGCGAGUGGUCCAAGAACUACGGCUACCCCCCGAUGCCUUUUGACGGUACCCUGUUCGGCUCCCGCAUGAUGGUUGCCAAGGAGGCGAAGACCAGCCCUGCCGCCAAGCAGGCCAUCAUCGACGCUCCCGGUGUCGAGGACAGCGAGUGGGAGAAGUCCUACAAGGGCCCCAUCGGAGGUGUUAUCACCGUUCUCUCUGAGAUGGGAGAGCCCAUCCACAAGCUUGCUACCCGUGGUGUCCUGUUCUGGGCCGAGAUGGACCGCAAGAUCUUCGCGCUCCCCAAGGAGAAGCGUGUCCCUGAGCUGAAGAAGAACCGCGAUUACAUCAUCAAGAAGCUCAACGACGACUUCCAGAAGCCGUGGUUCGGACGCAACCGUGCUGGCCAGGCUGUCGACCUUGAGGACAUGACUUACGGCGAGGUCGUUCGCCGCAUGGUUGACAUCAUGUACAUCCGCCACCAGAAGCGCUGGAUUGACCCUACCCUCCGUUCCUUCACCGGCAAGUUCAUCAGCCGUGUCGAGGAGCGUUUCACCUCCACCACUGGCCACGCCGCUCAGCUCCAGGACUUCAAGGAUUUGGACACUCCUUACGAGACUGUCGAGCGUAUCCUGUCUCACUACCCCGAGGCCGACACCCAGCUCAUCAACGCCCAGGAUGUUCAGCACUUCCUGAUGCUUUGCAUGUUCCCCUUCCAGAAGCCCGUUCCCUUUAUCCCUUGCUUCGAUGAGAACUUCGACUUCUACUUCAAGAAGGACUCUCUGUGGCAGUCUGAGGACCUUGAUGCCGUUCCCGGCCAGGAUGUUGGACGUGUCUGCAUUCUCCAAGGCCCUACCGCCGUCAAGUACUCCAAGGUCAUGGAUGAGCCCAUCAAGGACAUUCUGGACGGCAUCCACAAGACUCACGUUCAGUACCUGACCCGUGACCGCUACAACGGUGAUGCCAAGAGCAUUCCCACCAUCGAGUACUUCGGUGGCAAGCUCAUCGACACCGAGGUUCCCGUUGAGGAUGUUGACGGCCUUACCGUCUCCUACGACGACGCGCACAAGAACACCUACCGUCUGUCGACUGCUCCCAAUGCCACCCUGCCCAGCCUCGACUCUUGGUUGGCCCUCCUCGCUGGUCCCGACCGCAGCUGGCGCCACGCCCUCCUCACUUCCGAGGUCGUCGUUCAGGGACAGAAGUUCCAGACCAACCCCAUCAAGCGCAUCUUCGCUCCUUCUCGUGGCCUCUUCGUUGAGAUCCAGUACCCCAAGGACCCGAAGAAGACGAAGAUCAUUGUCAAGGAGCAGCCUCGUCACAACCACUACGUCGAGGUUAUCGAGGUCAAGCUUGAGAACAACAAUGAGGUUGUCGUCAACAUGAUCAAGGACACCACCGCCCUUGGCAAGCCUGUCGCUCUCCCCCUCAAGUUCACCUACCACCCUGAGGCCGGCUACGCCCCUCUCCGUGAGGUGAUGGAGGGCCGUAACGACCGCAUCAAGGAGUUCUACUGGCGUGCGUGGUUCGGUGACGAGACUCUCGACCUGGAUGCCGAUGUCGCCAGCAAGUUCGACGGUGGCAAGGCCACCAUCACUGGUGAGGACAUCAACGACUUUGUCCACGCCGUCGGCAACACUGGCGAGGCUUUCGUUGAGCGUCCUGGCAAGACUGUCUACGCUCCCAUGGACUUUGCCAUCGUCGUUGGCUGGAAGGCUAUCACCAAGCCCAUCUUCCCCCGCACCAUUGACGGUGACCUGCUGAAGCUCGUCCACCUUUCCAACGAGUUCCGCAUGAAGCCUGGUGCCCAGCCUCUCCAGAAGGGCGAUGAGGUCUCCACCACCGCUCAGAUCAACGCUGUCAUCAACCAGGAGUCUGGCAAGAUGGUUGAGGUCUGCGGUACCAUCUACCGCGAUGGCGAGGCCGUCAUGGACGUCACCUCCCAGUUCUUGUACCGCGGUGCCUACACCGACUACGAGAACACCUUCCAGCGCAAGAACGAGACCCCCAUCCAGCUGCACCUCGCCACCAGCAAGGACGUUGCUGUUCUCAAGUCCAAGCAGUGGUUCAACACCGACGACAUGCCCCGUGACCUGGAUCUCCUUGGCCAGACUCUCACCUUCCGUCUGCAGAGCUUCCUCCGUUACAAGACCAAGACCGUCUACAGCAGCGUCGCUACCCAGGGUCAGGUCCUCCUGGAGCUUCCCACCAAGGAGGUCAUCCAGAUCGCCAGUGUCGACUACGAGGCCGGCCAGUCCAACGGCAACCCUGUUGUUGAUUACCUCGAGCGCAACGGUACCCCCCUGGACCAGCCCCUCCACUUCGAGAACCCUAUUCCUCUCAGUGGCCGUACCCCUCUCCAGCUCCGUGCCCCUGCCACCAACGAGAACUACGCUCGUGUCUCUGGCGACUACAACCCUAUCCACGUCUCCCGCGUCUUCGCCAACUACGCCAACCUGCCCGGCACCAUCACUCACGGCAUGUACUCCAGUGCCGCCGUCCGCAGCUUGGUUGAGACUUGGGCUGCCGAGAACAACAUUGGUCGCGUUCGCAGCUUCCAUGCUUCUCUCGUUGGCAUGGUUCUGCCUAAUGAUGACCUUGACGUCAAGCUUCAGCACGUUGGCAUGGUUGGAGGUCGCAAGAUCAUCAAGGUUGAGGCCAGCAACAAGGAGACUGAGGAGAAGGUUCUCCUUGGUGAGGCCGAGGUUGAGCAGCCUGUGACUGCCUACGUCUUCACUGGUCAGGGCUCUCAGGAGCAGGGCAUGGGUAUGGAGCUUUACGCCUCCAGCCCUGUCGCCAAGGAGGUCUGGGACCGCGCUGACAAGUACCUGCUGGACAACUAUGGCUUCUCGAUCACCAAUAUCGUCAAGAACAACCCCAAGGAGCUGACGGUUCACUUUGGUGGUCCCCGUGGCAAGGCUAUCCGCCAGAACUACAUGUCCAUGACCUUCGAGACUGUUGCUGCCGACGGCUCUAUCAAGUCUGAGCGCAUUUUCAAGGAGAUUGACGAGAAGACCACUUCCUACACCUACCGCUCCCCCACUGGCCUGCUGUCGGCUACUCAGUUCACCCAGCCCGCCCUGACCCUCAUGGAGAAGGCCAGCUUCGAGGACAUGAGAUCGCGUGGCCUUGUUCCCAGAGACUGCACCUUCGCUGGUCACUCUCUGGGUGAGUACUCCGCCCUCGCUGCCUUGGCUGAGGUCAUGCCCAUUGAGAGCUUGGUGUCUGUCGUCUUCUACCGUGGUCUUACCAUGCAGGUUGCCGUCGAGCGCGACGCUGCCGGACGCUCCAACUACUCCAUGUGCGCCAUCAACCCCAGCAGAAUCUCCAAGACUUUCAACGAGGAGGCUCUCCAGUUCGUUGUCAACAGCAUUGCUGAGGAGACUGGCUGGCUUCUUGAGAUUGUCAACUACAACAUCGCCAACAUGCAGUACGUCGCUGCUGGUGACCUGCGUGCUCUCGACACUCUUACCGGAGUCACCAACUUCCUCAAGCAGCAGAAGAUCGACAUCGAGGAGAUGCGCUCCAACAUCGAAGAGGCCAAGGAUGCGCUCAAGGAGAUCAUCAAGGGCUGCGCCGAGGCUACCCUCAAGAAGCCCACGCCUCUUGAGCUCCAGCGUGGCUUUGCCACCAUUCCCCUGCGCGGAAUCGACGUGCCUUUCCACUCGACCUUCCUGCGCUCUGGUGUCAAGCCCUUCCGUUCGUUCCUCCUCAAGAAGAUCAACAAGACGACGAUCGACCCUGCCAAGCUUGUUGGCAAGUACAUUCCCAACGUGACGGCCAAGCCCUUCGCCCUCACCAAGGAGUACUUUGAGGAUGUGUACAAGCUCACCAACUCGCCCAAGAUCGCCUCGAUCCUGGCGAACUGGGAGCAGUACACUCAGGACGGCCCUGCUCCUAACGGAGUGAACGGCGUCACCGCGGACCACGAAGGUCCCGGUGCUGCUGCGUAA